CGCCUUGGUGCGUUCCCACGGCUACGAUCAUGAAGAUGAAGACAGAAGACAGACUUGGCUGACGACCAUCUGACCGUGACACAUCCCUCUACUAUAAAAAAAAACACAACCACUACUUUUAUUUUAUAUUGCAUUUUUAUUUUUGGCGGGAAUUGAAGAUUGAAACAUUGAAGUAGUAUAAGGAAAAUGCAAUCUUUUUUGAAGACUGGAAAAAUUGGAAAAGAUGAAACCUUAGCUAAAGCAGACUCAUCAAAAUCUAAAACAAAUAAAGAAAGUAAGCUGACACCAUGGGUUGAAAAAUACAGGCCUCGCUCAGUGGAUGAUGUGGUAGAGCAGAAUGAAAUUGUUGCUGUUUUAAGGCAGGUACUAACUGGUGCUGAUCUACCACAUUUUCUUUUUUAUGGUCCUCCUGGGACGGGUAAAACGAGUACAAUAAUAGCCGCAGCACGUCAAUUGUUUGGGGAUAUCUAUAAAGAAAGAAUUUUGGAGUUAAAUGCAUCUGAUGAUCGUGGUAUUCAAGUGAUAAGGGAAAAAGUAAAAAAUUUUUCUCAAUUAACUGCAAGCUCAGUACGACCCGAUGGUCGUCCAUGUCCUCCGUACAAAAUUGUUAUCCUAGAUGAAGCAGACUCUAUGACAAAUGCCGCCCAAGCCGCUUUGCGUCGUACAAUGGAGAAAGAAACUCGCUCAACUCGUUUUUGCCUCAUCUGCAAUUACGUGAGCUGCAUUAUACAACCUUUAACAUCCCGUUGUACAAAAUUUAGAUUUAAGCCAUUGAGCCAAACUAAAAUGAUGGAAAAACUCCAAGAAAUCAGUGAGGCAGAAAAGGUGAAAUGUGAACCAGAGGCUUUAGAUUUAUUGGUGGAAAUGUCCGGAGGUGACAUGAGACGUGCAAUCACAUCCCUGCAAUCUUGUGCCCGACUGAAAGCUGGAGAGCAGGUGAUCACAAGUGAUGUGUUUGAGGUGACUGGAGUUGUUCCUGACCAUUGGAUCAAAGGACUGCUUCAGGUGUGUGCAAGUAAGGAAUAUCAGCAGCUGGAAGACUACAUAGACAAAAUGAUGAUGGAAGCUUACUCUGCUUCACAGAUUCUGGACCAGAUACAGAAAAGCAUCAUUAGUGCUUUGGACUUGAAUGAUGUGCAAAAAGCUGUUAUUUGUGAAAAGAUUGCUGUUUGUAGUUGGAGGCUGCAAGAUGGGGCAAGUGAAUUUUUGCAACUAAUGGACUUGUGCUACACAAUUGUCAAAGCCCACAAAAUGUCAUAAACAUUCAGUUUAGUUACUUUUUUUAUUUUAAUCGCCACUUUCAAUAAUUUGUGUAGUUUACAUUUAAAAUUGUCUGCUAUUAUGUUAUAGUUACAGUUUAGAUAUUUUGUAUUACUUCCUCUUUUGUGUCAGUUGCUUUGAAUAAAUAUAUGACUCU